CCUGAGUCAGGGACACACUCACUUACACACUCACACUCACACUCAGUGUGGGCACAGCACUCACACUCACACUCCAUCUGUCAUCACUCAGGUAUCCAGCUACUGGGGUAAAUAUAUAUAAAUGCAGUCACCGACAGUGCCCUGACCUUCGGAGACAUGCUAACCAAAUUCGAGACCAAAUCAGCUCGGGUCAAAGGAUUGAGCUUCCACCCGAAACGGCCCUGGAUCCUGGCCAGUCUGCACAAUGGGGUGGUGCAGCUCUGGGACUAUCGCAUGUGCACCCUGAUUGAUAAAUUCGAUGAACAUGACGGGCCUGUCCGAGGGAUUGAUUUCCAUGAGCAGCAGCCUCUGUUUGUCUCUGGCGGUGAUGACUACAAGAUUAAGGUGUGGAAUUAUAAACUCCGGCGAUGCCUCUUCACCCUGCUGGGUCACCUGGAUUACAUCCGCACCACCUUCUUUCAUCAUGAAUAUCCAUGGAUCCUGAGUGCUUCCGAUGAUCAAACUAUCCGAAUUUGGAAUUGGCAGUCUAGGACGUGUGUCUGUGUGCUGACCGGACAUAACCACUACGUGAUGUGUGCCCAGUUCCACCCAUCUGAGGACCUGGUCGUAUCAGCUAGUCUCGACCAGACCGUCCGGGUCUGGGACAUUUCCGGACUCCGGAAGAAGAACCUAUCCCCCGGGGCGGUGGAGAGCGACGUGCGUGGGAUCUCUGGCGUCGACCUCUUUGGGACCACCGACGCGGUGGUCAAACACGUCCUGGAGGGCCACGAUCGAGGUGUCAACUGGGCAGCUUUCCAUCCCAGCAUGCCCUUGAUCGUGUCGGGAGCAGACGACCGGCAGGUCAAGAUCUGGCGGAUGAACGACUCGAAGGCCUGGGAGGUGGACACGUGCCGUGGUCACUACAACAACGUGUCCUGUGCUGUCUUCCACCCACGUCAGGAGCUGAUCCUCAGUAACUCGGAGGACAAGAGUAUCCGGGUCUGGGACAUGUCCAAGAGAACUGGAGUACAGACGUUCCGGCGAGACCACGACCGGUUCUGGGUGCUUGGAGCCCACCCCAACCUCAACCUGUUUGCAGCCGGUCAUGACAGCGGGAUGAUUGUGUUUAAGUUGGAGAGGGAGAGACCGGCCUAUGCUGUUCACGGGAACGCCCUGUUCUACGUCAAAGACCGUUUCCUCCGGCAACUCGACUUCCACAGCUCAAAGGAUGUGGCUGUGAUGCAACUCCGCAGUGGCUCCAAGUUCCCUGUGUUCAGUAUGUCCUAUAACCCAGCAGAGAAUGCAGUGCUGCUGUGUACGCGGGCGAGUAACCUGGAGAACAGCACCUACGACCUAUACAGCAUUCCCAAGGACUCCGACUCCCAGAACCCAGACGCUCCUGAAGGCAAGCGCUCCUCCGGCCUCACCGCUGUCUGGGUGGCCCGCAACCGUUUUGCCGUGUUGGACCGGAUGCACUCUAUCCUGAUCAAGAACCUGAAGAAUGAGAUCACCAAGAAAGUGCAGGUGCCCAACUGCGACGAGAUCUUCUACGCGGGCACCGGGAACCUCCUCCUCAGAGACCCCGACGCCAUCACACUGUUCGACGUGCAGCAGAAGAGGUCACUGAGCUCCGUCAAGAUCUCGAAGGUGAAGUACGUCAUCUGGUCAGGUGACAUGGCCCAUGUUGCUCUGCUCUCGAAACAUGCCAUCCUGAUUUGUAACCGCAAGCUGGAGUCUCUCUGCAGCAUCCAUGAGAACAUCCGAGUGAAGAGUGGAGCCUGGGAGGAGAGCGGAGUGUUUAUCUACACCACCAGCAACCACAUCAAAUACGCCCUGGUCUCCGGGGACCACGGGAUCAUCCGGACCCUGGACUUGCCCAUCUACAUCACCCGGGUGAAGGGCAACAGUGUCUAUUGCCUGGACAGGGAGUGUCGCCCCCGGGUACUGACCAUCGACCCCACCGAGUUCCGCUUCAAGCUGGCGUUGGUCAACCGCAAGUACGACGAGGUGCUGCACAUGGUGCGCAAUGCCAAGUUGGUUGGUCAGUCGAUCAUUGCCUACCUGCAGAAGAAGGGUUACCCUGAGGUGGCACUGCACUUUGUGAAGGAUGAAAAGACCCGAUUCAGCCUGGCGUUGGAGUGUGGCAACAUCGAGAUCGCCCUGGAGGCGGCCAAAGUGCUGGACAACAAGUGCUGCUGGGAGAAGCUGGGGGAGUUGGCGCUGCUUCAGGGCAACCACCAGAUCGUGGAGAUGUGCUACCAGCGCACCAAGAACUUCGACAAGCUCUCCUUCCUGUACCUCAUCACCGGCAACCUGGAGAAACUCCGCAAGAUGAUGAAGAUAGCGGAGAUCCGGAAGGACAUGAGUGGUCACUACCAGAACGCUCUGUAUCUGGGCGACGUUCUGGAGAGAGUCCGCAUCCUCAAGAACUGCGGGCAGAAAUCCCUGGCCUACCUGACUGCAGCGACUCAUGGCCUGGAUGAGGAGGCCGAGGCUUUGAAGGCGAGCUUCGACCCUGAGAAGGAGACGGUGCCAGAGAUUGACCCUGACGCCAAGCUUCUCCAGCCGCCGCCUCCCAUCAUGCCUCUGGACACCAACUGGCCGCUGCUCACUGUCUCCAAGGGUUACUUCGAGGGCAGCAUCGCACCCAAGGGUAAAGGGGGUCAGUUAGCUGUUGACCCUUCCAUGGAGAGUGCUGGGGGGGAAGGUUGGGGUGACGAUGCAGAGCUGCUUUUGGAUGAAGACGGAUUCACCGACGCUGCCGAGGGGUUCGGAGAGGAAGCGUCCGGGCGAGCCGGUGAGGAGGGAGGCGGCUGGGACGUGGAGGAGGACCUCGAGUUGCCCCCCGAGCUGGAAGUCGCUGGCGGGAUUCCAGGCGGCACCGAAGAUGGCUUCUUCGUCUCUCCCUCCAAAGGGAACAGCCCUGGCCAGGUAUGGUGCAACAACUCUCAGCUGCCCGCUGACCACCUUGUGGCAGGAUCCUUUGAAACUGCAGCCCGGCUCCUUCAUGACCAGGUCGGUGUGGUGAACUUUGCCCCAUACAAGAGCCUCUUCCUUCAGGCCUUCGCCCGCGGUCGCUCGGUCUACCAGGCCCUACCCUGCCUUCCCUCCAUGUACGGUUACCCGCAGCGCAACUGGAAAGAGGCAGGUCUGAAGAGCGGCCUUCCAGCAGUAGGCCUCAAACUGAGCGACCUGAUCCAGCGGCUGCAGGUGUGCUACCAGCUCACCACGGCCGGGAAAUUCGAGGAGGCGGUGGAGCGCUUCCGCCUCAUCCUUCUCAGCAUUCCCUUACUGGUGGUGGAUAACAAGCAGGAGAUCGCCGAGGCCCAGCAGCUGAUUACCAUCUGUCGGGAGUAUAUUCUGGGCCUGAGUAUGGAGAUUGAGAGGAAGCGAUUGCCCAAGGACACUCUGGAGCAGCAGAAACGGAUCUGUGAGAUGGCAGCGUAUUUCACCCACUGCAGCCUCCAGCCUGUCCACAUGAUCCUGGUCCUGAGGACAGCUGUCAAUCUCUUCUUCAAACUCAAGAACUUCAAGACGGCCGCUGCAUUCGCUGGCAGACUGCUCGAGCUGGGCCCCAAACCCGACGUCGGGCAGCAGACUCGCAAGAUCCUGGCAGCUUGUGAGAAGACCCCAAAUGAUGCCCAUCAUCUCAACUACGACAUGCAUAACCCCUUCGACGUCUGUGCAGCUUCAUACAGACCCAUCUACAGGGGGAAACCUGUCGAAAAAUGUCCUCUUAGUGGAGCCUGCUACAGUCCCGAGUUCAAGGGUCAAAUCUGCCGUGUGACUACGGUGACUGAGAUCGGGAAGGAUGUAAUCGGACUGCGUGUCAGCACACUCCAGUUUCGCUGAAGCCCCCUCGGGUGCUGGCAGAAUCCUGCUCCAAAUGUGUCGCAGUCUGUCUCUCUAUCUCCCUCUCUCUGUCUCUCUCCAUGGCGCUCUGUCUCUCGGCUUGGCCGGUUCCCCCACGUAGUGCUCACCCUCCCCUGAACGGAUUGUGAUGUUUUGGUGAUGAGACACUGGUAACUAUUGUCUGUGUAUCCUUCCCCACCUCCCACCUCCUCACCACCUCCAAAUCGCAGCUUUCUCAGUUGCUCAGAUGUAGCUCUCAAUAAACCUCACUGUUGUCCUC